AUGUAUCAUCUAAAAUUGCCUGCCCUGCUUUUUAUGCUACUUGUGCUGCUGCAGUGUGUGACCACGGCACCAAACCACAGGUUUUCCAUCUCCUCAACGGAGCUGGUGGAUGAAACACUGGAUGGGAAAAUAUGGACGGACCAAGGCCUGCUGAUGAACCCUUUCCUCCAAUUUGCAGGGUUGCAGACCAAGAGGGGACUGAACACUCAAGUCAACAGCCUGCAGCACCACAUAGAGAAGAGAAGAUGCAACACGGCUACAUGUAUGACCCAGAGGCUGGCAGACUUCCUCAUUCGCUCCAGUAACACUGUUGGCACUGUCUACAUCCCCACUAACAUUGGCGCAAACACCUAUGGCAAGAGGGAUGUGUUCCAAUCACCCAACUCACUGCCUCUUUAGUCUCCUCUUGUGUAUAUAUAGAAACACAGAGCCACUGUAACAAAACUGGCCAUAAUAAUGAUGAUGGUGAUGAUGACGAUGAUGAUGAUGAUCACAGUGACCCAUCUGAGUUUUAUUUUGCUGUUUUAUUUUCCCUGUCUGUGCCUUUUGUUAUGAAACAUACAACAUUAUAAUGUACGAUAUCUGCUGCAAACAAAAAUAAAAUGUGAAUAAUAAUGUAUAAUUAUAUAAUUAUAAGCCAAUGAAAAGCAAAGGUUUUUUGUUUC